AUGAGCGGCAACCUGGACCUGACGGUGCAGUAUGAGCUUGUAGAGCGCGUUGGUGGUGGUGCCUUUGGAGAAGUCUUUAAAGGAGUUGAUGUUCAAACGGAGGAAGUAGUUGCUGUGAAGAUUAUUGACCUGGAGUCUGCGGCUGAUGAGAUCGAAGACGUGCGGCAGGAAAUACGUGUGCUAUCUCAAUGCUCGUGCGAACAGUUGACGACAUAUUCGGGAUCAUUUAUUGCUGGGACAAAACUCUGGAUUAUUAUGGAGUUUCUUUCGGGCGGUUCCGUGCUUGAUAUUAUGCGUAGUGGUCCGUUGGAUGAGGCUUUCAUUGCCAUCAUUCUUCGCGAGCUUUUAAAAGGACUGGAGUAUUUACACUCCGAGAAAAAAAUUCAUCGCGACGUUAAAGCUGCAAAUAUCUUGCUGAGCGGUGAUGGUCGCGUGAAACUGGCGGAUUUUGGAGUGACUGGACAAAUUACAGAGACGAUGACAAAGCGCAAUACGGCAGUAGGAACCCCGUUCUGGAUGGCACCUGAAGUCAUUCAAGAGUCCCAAUAUGAUUUUAAGGCAGAUAUCUGGUCAUUAGGAAUUACAGCAAUCGAGAUGGCAGAAGGUGCUCCACCGCUUGCUGACAUUCAUCCUAUGAAAGUGCUGUUCAUGAUUCCAACGAUGGAUCCUCCCGUAUUGAAUGGAUCUUUUUCGCCUCGAUUUGUUGACUUUGUAUCGUGUUGCCUUCAAAAGGCUCCACAGGACAGACCAACAGCGUCCGAGUUAUUACAACACCCCUUUAUUCUCUCUGCCAUGCACGUGUCCCAUCUUUUAGAGCUUUUGGAUCGAAAUCGAUUAGAAAAACAGCGUAUUGAUCAGCAUGACAAUGGAUGUACACGAAAUCAAAGAAAUGUCGCUGACAAUGACCGUAUCGUAGACGGGUUUGAUUACACGGACCUCGAUGGAAGUCAUGGUGAUACUUUGCCUCCAAUUAGUCGAAAUGACAAAAUUGAUGCCUCUCCGCUCCUACGUAGCCAGCGAGAAAGUGGCAAGUGUCAUGAUCGAAAGGCAUCUGUGGGUAGUGGAUGGGAUUUUAAUACAAUUUGUUUAUCCUCGGCGGGACUUCAGCAAGAGCUGAAGGGACAAGUGGAGGCUUCUGCAGCAGUUUCAAAGAAUACGGCACUGGCGGCGGAGCUCAAGACUAUGGAAGUCAAGUGGAAGAAAGAGAUAGAGAAGAAAGAAAUUGCGGUGGCAGAGGCUGAUUUAGCUGCCGGUGAGAUCCAAAAGCUGCAAGCGGAUCGGAAUCAGCUCGUGCAACGCACAGAGAGCGAUGCCAAACGUAUCCGAGAGCUAUGGCAGCAGAUCACACGAGAGCACGAGGUAAAAGUCGAAGCUCUCAUGCAAGAACUGCAAAAUGCCAGACAAAAGUCGACUACGUUAGAAGCUGCAAUCGCUAUCAGUCAUCGGGAAAUCACAAUGCUUAAGGAGCAGAUACAGACGAUGCGGGACGCAAAGGCAGUACAAAAAGAAUGCCCCGCUGCUGUUAAGAGUGAACGAUUGCAAACUGAUGAGCAGCAAGAUCUAGACCGGAUGAAGAUGAACACAAUAGAAAAUGAGAAGCACCGUACAAUACUUAAAUGGCGACAAGCAUUGAGUGAUUGUAAGCUUUACGCACAACGAGAAGUGACAGCUGUAAAGGAGCGGGACGCGGCGGUGCUAGCAGCGCGCAAUAUUCAGAAAGUAUUGGAGGAUCGCAAUGAGGAAGUGCUGGCUCUUAAAACUGAGCUGACCAUUCUUCUUGAUAAACAUGAACUCCUAGUUACACAAUACAAACAAUCAGCACGUGAUCGGGAGGCCCAAAUGGUGCUGCGAACGCAGAAGCUACGUGACAGUAAGCGCUACGCAAAAGAGUUAUCUCAGCUUCGAAAAAAGGAGGUUUUGGGUUACAAACAGGUUAUUUAUGCGGUUAACGCACGGCUCAAUGAGGUGCAAGAGCUCAGUAAAGCGACUCAAAGCAAUGCCUGGCUAUUGGUUCAAAAACGCGGAGCAAUCUUUUUGACUCAGUCUUCCCAAAGUGCGAUUGUUUUGGUGGCCGCUGCAUCACCCAUUCAUCUUAACAGAUCUUUGACCACCUCUCCAUCUGAUACGAGCAAUAAAUAUGGCUAUUCGCUGCCAAUUCGAGAACAUGAGAACUUCUACAGCACGUUUGAGUCCGAGCUUGCAGAACACAUCCCGGUCGUCCAUGCCAGUAUUGCUGGAUGUCGCUUCGUGGGCCGCGUGGCAGUAGGCAAUAAACGUGGUCUACUUCUUCCAAGUACCACCACGGACCAGGAGAUGCAACACAUUCGUAAUGCUCUUCCUGAUGCGGUCGUAGUUCAGCGCGUGGAAGAGCGACUUUCAGCUCUAGGAAACUGCAUCGCCACCAACGACCAUGUGGCGCUCGUGCACACAGAUUUGGACCGUGAAACUGAGGAGAUCGUUGCGGAUACAUUAGGUGUUGAAGUCUUCCGCCAGACAGUGGCGGGUAAUGCACUCGUUGGCAGCUACAGUGCCCUGUCCAAUCAAGGUUGUCUUGUACAUCCGCGUACCAGUGUAGAGGACCAGGAAGAGCUGAGUUCGCUUUUGCAAGUUCCAGUUGUGGCUGGUACCGUCAACCGCGGGUAUUUGGGUCUCAUGGAUAUGCUCACAUUGAUCAAGUGA